CUCUUGUUCUAAUUUAUUAAAAUAUAUAAGCAUUUAAAUUAAUAUUUCUUCAAGUUAUAUAGCCAUUUAAAAAUGGGAUUUAAAACUUAAAGUAAUUAGGGUGAUUGAACCAUGAGUGGUUGAGUUAUCCACUGUAAGUGCAUGCAAAUUGUUUAUAUUGUUUGAAUACCAAAAAAUGACCCUGAGCGUAUUAUGGAAACAGGGGGUAGUAAGUGCAAGUAGUAUCACACUAUGGAAAAUCCCGGGUCAUGAUUAAUGCACGUAAUGGAUCAAAGAUUCAUAUUUUAAACCUCUGGAACAGUAUUCCGGAAAAAUAAAUAUCUAAUAUUAUAAUGACUGAUAAAACACCAGUUGGACCACAAAUAGGCAAUAGUGCUGAUCAUUUUUUUCAGUCUGAUAGUGAUCUGGUAACCCAAGAGCGUCGAACCGCAAAAAGAGAAAAUAAAGCUGGUGAUCCAAUAGAGUGUACUUCUAAAGUCUUAUGCUUGGUACUGUCCGAAAAAGCUGAAGAAUCAGAGUAUGCUUAUAUUGGAGAAUCAGGUUUCAUUGCGAAAAGGAUAAACUUAUUGACUGGAAAAACUACUAAAGUUUUUAAGGGACAUACUGGACCCGUUACUUGUCUUGGUUUAUGGUAUAAAGAUAAUGAUGAAUAUCUUAUAACAGGAUCAUGGGAUAAGACUCUCAUCAAAUGGAAUACAAAGACUAAAGAGUCCAUUCAUACUUUUGUUGCGCAUACUGAUUUUGUAAAAUCAUUAGCAAUUUCUCAUUUUGCAUCAAUUCUUUAUUCGGGUUCCUCAGAUAAUUUUAUUUAUUCAUGGAAUCUUGUAACCGGCGAACAAUUACAAAAAUUCAAAGGACAUUCUCGUGGUAUAGAAGAUCUUGCUCUCGAUGAAACAGAAACUUUUUUAUUUUCUGCUUCAUCAGAUGGGUAUAUUAGAAAAUGGAAUGCAAAUACAGGUGAAUGUUCACAUGUAUUUAAAGGACAUUUAACAAGUGUAUAUGCGUUGAAAAUAUUUAAUGAAGAAAUGUGGACGGCAUCUGCUGAUAAAACAGUAAAAAGAUGGGAUUUAGAAACUGGUGAACCAGAUACAACUUUAGCACAUCCAGAUUUCGUUAAAUGUCUUGUGGUUAUCGGGCCAUAUGUUAUCACUGGAUCACGUGACGAGAAUAUUAGAAUUUUUGAGAUCGGGAAUGGAGAUAUGAUCAAUAAAUUUGAAGGUCAUUUUGAUGAAGUUGCCUGCAUGGCUGUCAGAGGAAUUACAUUAUAUACAGGUUCUUUGGAUUGUACUAUAAGAAAAUGGUCCAUUGCAGAAGAAGAUAUUCGUACUAAAACAGAAAAUAAAAAGUCCUUACAAAAAUCAAUUCCAAUUAAAAAAGAAGUCAACUCUUCAUUGUUAACUGAAGAGGAAGAACGUGAAUUGGCUGAAUUAAUGGAAUGAAAAGUUAAUUCGUGAUCCCGUCUCGGAAUCAGUAAAAGAUACUAAUAUUAGCUAAAAAUGUUUAAAAUAAAAAAAAAUCAAUAAAUGCUAAUAUAAUUUCUGCAACUAUUGUAUUUCUAAACAAAUUUAUUUUUAAGGGUUAAGGGCUGGAACCUGGAAUUGUUAAAAGAAAAAAAAUUUUUAAUUAUUAGUACUAUAGCAAAAAUAUUGUCAUCUCUAAAUUUUCUUAAUUUUGAGCCAUCAUUUACAUUACUUUCUAACUAUAAAUUAUUAAAUAAAUUCAGCUAAAUUCUAAUCUUAAAUUUAGUUUAUAAAUUUAUUGGAUUUUUUAAAAUAAA